AUGAAAGUGACUUGUUUUGUUUUGUUGUUGACAUUGUUAACAGCAUGUGUGAUCGUCAGUGCCAUCAACAAAGGUGACAUAAUUGUACAGCACAAUUUUGAUGGAAUUACCGAGCAAGCAACUUGGAAUAAAGUUCUUGGACCUUUAGUACAGCUAGUAACAACAGAGAGAGGUAGUACAGCACUACGUACAGACCGCAAACAAUUAGAUAGUCCUUCAACAUGGGUUCAAAUCACAUUACCAGCUUCUACGUUACGUGGUUGUAAAAUUCGAAUUCAAGCAGCUGUCAAAGCUGAAAAUAUUAGUGUGCCACCCAACUCAUGGAAUGGCAUCAAAAUUAUGCUCCAUACGAAAGGGUCAAGCGGUGACACGUAUCCACAACAAAAUCUACCACAGGGAACUUUUGAUUGGCGUAUGGCAGAUUAUGUAGCCAAUGUUCCUCUUGAUACAGACCAAGCAAUACUUGCCCUUGGUCUGGAAGCUGUGACUGGUGCGGUAUGGUUUGAUGAUCUAAACGUUACUGUCUAUAGCAAACCACGUCCUCAUCCACCUACACCACCAGCUGGACCACCCUAUAAAGGUCAUAAUCUGACACGUUUACGAGGUGCAAUGAUUGGUAUUAAUCUUCAGGAGCAAGAUUUUCGAGAUUUUGCUAGCUGGAAUGCAAAUCAUGUGCGUUGGCAAUUGCUAUGGAAUGGAUUUCCUCAUAGUCCAGCAGAUGAUGGUGACAUUCCUGCUUAUGAAACAUGGCUUGAAAGUGCACUCAAACAUCUUGACUCAAUGUUAUCCGUCUGUCGUCAACUGGGCAUACAUAUUCUUGUUGAUUUGCACACGCCACCCGGUGGACGUAACUCUGAAAACGAGUGCAACUUAUUUAAAGAGAAACGUUUUCAAGAUGCAUUUCUUACGUUAUGGGAAAAAAUAGCAAGACGCUACAAAGAUGAAUCAGUUAUUUGGGGUUAUGAUCUAGUCAAUGAACCAGUCGAAGGUACAAUGCCAGAUACAUUGAUGGAUUGGCGCGAGUUAGCAAUUGUCACUGUUCAACGUAUUCGUGCUAUUGAUUCACAACAUGCAAUUAUUAUUGAAGCAGCUCCAUGGGGUGGACCUGGUGCUCUGGCUAAUUUUGAACCAUUACCUUUUGAGAAAAUUGUUUAUUCAUUUCACAUGUAUGAACCUGGUGAAUUUACCCAUCAGAAUGUCUAUAAUGAUAUUCCACCUAUUUCAUAUCCGGGUGUCAUCAGUGGUCAAAUGUGGAAUAAAGAACAAUUACGUCACAAUUUGAAUCGUGUGCUCAAUUGGCAACGUGAUUACAAUGUUCAUAUAUAUGUGGGCGAAUUUUCUGCUAUUCGUUGGGCGCCCGGUGAUAGUGCUUAUGCUUAUUUACGGGACAAUAUUGAUAUUUUCGAAGAAAAUGGAUGGGACUGGGCUUAUCAUGCAUUUCGUGAAUGGCCAGGAUGGAGUGUAGAACAUAUUGGCGACAAAAAUAAUACACAGCGUGCUCCUGUGCCAACUGAUCGACAACGAUUGUUAAUCGAUUGGUUUAACAAAAAUGAGCACUAG